CUCGACUCGGCACUCAGCUCGUAUUUUUAGUGCUCGCGUGCGAAAUUUGGUGUCAAAGUGAAAAACAUUUACGUGAGAUCUACUCGCACAGUGUGACGGAACAAUAACAACAACAACAAAACACAACAACAGCUGCAAGGACGAGUAGGACCAGCUGAAAGCCCAGCCCGCUAAGAAGGAGGCGCUGCAGUAGCGGCACCAGCAGCAGCAGCAGCAGCAGCACUCGCCAAGUUCAAAAUUAACGCCUGACAAUGACAAAGGGCUCCACUGGGCGGCCAAGAGCAGAAACGUGGCACCCGCCAGCAGCAGCAGCAAUCAAAGCAACAUCAGCAACAGCAGCAACAGCAGCAACGACAGCAACGCUAGCAAUUACAACAAUCAAUGGGCGCAGCACGAGCUGGCGUCGACGCUGCACAACAACAACAACAACAACAGCAACAACAAGAACAAGAACAACUGCAGCAACAACAACAAUGCGAAUGAGCCGCGCCUCGUUGUACGCCUCGCUGCCGGCCUGCGGCAUAUCGUGGCUGCUGUUCGUCCUGUGUCUGCUUAGCUGCCUCUGCUGUUACACAGUUGCGCUGGAGGAGGACUGCGUGGACUUUCAGGGUAACAAGGUGAACCAUGGCAUGCUCUAUGUGCCCGGACCUGGUGUUUGUAGUCUAUGCGUUUGCUAUCAUUCCGAGCCGCUGUGGUGCAAGGCCAUUUACUGUGAUCCGCCCUACUUCUGUAAAAACUUCAGAGUAGGCGAACGUUGCUGCGAAUUCGAGUGCCUGGAUCCGCCUGGCGAGGACAAGCUUUAUCAGGAACGUAUGCGUAAACGUGCCGAGAUUCUGGCCGGGAAUAGCACCGCCUGCCAAGUGCAGGUCGCACCCUUGGCCGUGUCCACCAUAAUGUUCAGCUUUCUGGGCAACAGUUUUCUCAAUUUAUAACUUGAGCAGAAAUCGCUUGAGUAACGGCGUUUAGCAAUAAGUCAGCCCCCCCCCCCCUACCCCCCAACUCGCCACCCAGAUCUUAAGUAGAUAGUGGGAAAGUUGGUUUUUGUUAACUAUACCACGGAGCCCAGCACCCAAAAAAGCUAAACCCCAAAUGGAUACUUAUUACAAUGUAAUAACUGCAACUUACAAGAUUUAUAUAGGUGCAUUCAAAAGAUUUCAAAUAAAAAAGAUGCAUGUAUAUAUGUAUGGAUAUAUGUAUAUACAUAUAUAUAUAUUUAUAUAAAUUAUAUGAUUUGGAGUAAUACAGAACAAAACAUAGGUUCUCAAGUUAUAUAUGUAUGUCCCUAGUCUUAUGUAGGUACAAUAAAGCAAGCAUAUAAAACAUAUAUAUUUAAUACAGUCCAAGCCAACCGACUUCAGAUUUGGUAGAGUCGGCACACAUAAAAAUACUAGAAAGAUACUUUAAAAAACCAAAAAAAAAAAAAAAAAACAAACCAAAUCACAC